GGCUAAUAGUCAACCUUUGUGCUCGUCAAUGGCUGACCAUCCCUCUCAUCUCUUAUAAAUUUCUUGUCGAAUUUGGAAGCCAUAAUUUACUGGUAUCGACUCUUCUAAAGAUCUUGCUGAAGAAAUGGCUCGCCCAAAUGUGCCGAAAUUCGGAAACUGGGAGAAGGAUGGUGACAUUCCUUACACAGUCUGCUUCGAUAAUGCGAGGAAAAACAGAAAUGGAGGGAAAAUGUUAAACCCGAAUGAUCCCUGCGAAAAUCCCGACAUGUUUCCUAAUUAUAAUAUUGAUCCCUCUCCUCGAACUACAAAACAAACAAGUGGGCCUGUGAGGCCCACAACUCCUCAACACGGUGACCAGUCAUUGGAUCAUGGGACCCGUCGUGGGCCCAAUUCUCAUUAUAAUAAGGUGGGCCGUGAAAUUAGGUCGAAUAACGCUAGUCCAGCCCAUAACCCAGUGAGGUCACAGACUAGACCUGCCCGAGGGGACCAAACUCCCGGGAAAGGAGCUGUUGUCCCAAAAUUCGGAGCGUGGAAUGAGAGUGAUCCUUCGUCCGAAAAUUUUACAGAUGUUUUCAAUCAAGUGAGGAAUGAAAGGAACACCGGUAGUGUAGGGAAUCCACCGGCCACUCCAAAGCAUCCUUCUUACAACACCACAUACACUCAACUUUCUCACAAACAUAAGACGGAUGAAGAUAUCCGUGUUGGCUUAAACGAAUGCUUCAGCUAUCUUUGCAAUGUGUAA